UGUCAAUGGAGGAGCUAAAACAAGAUGAUCAAAUUAUUUCCAAGCUUAAACAAACUUGUUCUGAUCUCAACAACCUUCUUCAACUCUCAUUCAAUGUCGAAACAAGUUUAUCUGAAAUAGAAGAUAAAUUUAAUGUAAUGCAAGAAAAUCUAUCCAUUGCUUCAAGAAGAAUAGCUCCAUUACAAUCACUUUCCAUUGCUAAUAAGGCACUCGAUACGAAGAUCAACCGAGCAAUUUCUCCAGCUCUUUCACUUCUUGAAAGUUUCAAACUUUCUGAAUCCCUCCAGCGUAAGCUUCUUGAACUUUCUUCUAAAUUAGCUAACGAGAAAUCGUUUAACAAGAGGAUGGAGAAGUUGAUCAAGUAUGUUGACAUGGUGGAUGAUUUGAAUGAGGCGAUUAGUUCAAUUAGUAGAGAGUGUGAACCAGCUAUUCAGAAGUUGCAAGAAGUUGUCGAGUUUUUAAGCAGGACUAAAGCAACUGAUCAAUUCAGGACGCAUCGAUUGAAAGAGACUUUGAUUACACUUAAAGCUCUUUGUGAAACUGAAGUUGAUGCUAUGAGAUUUGAUGGACUGCUUGAUGAUGCUUUGUUGAAUUUGCAAGAUGAAUAUGAGAGUUUGUUGAAUAAAAUGAGGCAUAGGAAUUUUUUUGAGGCAAAAAGUGAUCGCGAUGAUGAUGAUGAUCACGAUGAUGUUGUUGCUGCAGCAGAUACGGUGUCUACAGAUUUGGGAAGUGAAUUAGAAGUUGAAGUGCUUACAAGAAUCUCUGAGACAUUGGCUGCAAAUGACUGUCUUGAUAUAUGUAUUGAUAUCUUUGUGAAGGUAAGAUAUAAAAGAGCAGCCAAAGCAUUGAUGAGACUGAACCCGGAGUACCUAAAAACAUACAGUCUGGAAGAAAUUGAUGAGAUGGAAUGGGCGUGCCUAGAGACCGCGAUAUCCCUUUGGAUCCAACACUUUGAACUUGCUAUCAAGAAUGUGUUUGUAUCGGAAAAGAAACUCUGCUGCCAAGUCUUAGGCACAAUAAUGGAUGGAGUAAUAUGGCCUGAGUGUUUCGUCAAGAUAGCAGACAAGAUAAUGGCUGUCUUCUUUAGAUUCGGGGAAGGGGUUGCACGAAGCAAGAAAGAACCUCAAAAGCUGUUUAAACUGCUAGACAUGUUCGAAUCACUAGAAAAGUUAAAGCCCGAGUUCUCAGAGAUUUUUGCUGGUGAAGCUGGUGCUGAUAUCUGUUCGCGAUUUAGAGAACUGGAGAAACUGCUUGUACAUUCCUCUACCAAAGUUUUCUUUGAGCUUGGCCUUCAAAUUGAGGCUAAUCAGGAUGUUCUUCCACCUCAAGAUGGUUCGGUUCCAAAACUUGUUCGUUAUGCAAUUAACUAUCUAAAAUACCUUCUAACAGAUGCAUAUAGCGCGACAAUGAUCAGAGUCCUCAGGACUGAACAAAUAUGGAAAGCUGGAGUACUUUCAACCCCCGAAACAGAUGAAAACUUGCUCAAAGACGCCAUGUUCAACAUUGUGGAUGCCAUACGGAGGAAUGUUGAAUCUAAGAAAUUGAGGUACAAAGACAAAGUAUUGCCUCACGUGUUUGUCAUGAACACAUAUUGGUACAUUUACAUGAGGACUAGAAGUACAGAACUCGGAAAACUCAUAGGAGAUCAGUAUAUGAAGAAGACAUACAAAAUUGUGGCUGAAGAAUCAGCUUAUUCAUAUCAAAAACAAGCUUGGAGUCCUCUAGUGAGAAUGUUGGACAAAGAAGAACUUAAAAGAGUUGACAAAGACGGACUUACUGCUAUGAUACGAGGGAAAAUGGAUGCGUUCACUAAAGGAUUUGACGACAUUACUCAAAGACAUAAAAGCUUUUAUCACAUCCCUGAUGCAGACUUGAGAGAGCAAAUGAGAGAAGCUACAAUGAAGCUUGUUGUGCCUGCAUAUACCGAAUUCUUGAACAAUUUCGCGUCUUCUUUACAUGUCAAGUCUUAUCCUUCACCGGAAUACAUAGAAGAUACAUUGAAUCAGAUGUUUGAGGUUGUUGAUCAUCAUAAGAGCUCUGGAAAAUCAUCUUUGAGACCGCGACAAAUGAGAGAUCCUUCGGAUGGUAGUAAAUCAUUAUCAGGCGAACAAUCUCACAGGAGCAAAGACUUCAGGAGGUCCAAGACGAGUGCCAUUGAUACCUGA